AUGAUCCCCGUUAGUGACAACGGGGACGUCAGACCAACAUAUAAAGAUGCCCUCCACGCUGGCAACACUGACCAUAAAAAUGACCUCCACGCUGGCAACACUGACCAUAAAGAUGACCUCCACGCUGGCAACACUGGCAGUAAAGAUGCCCUCCACGCUGGCAACACUGACCAUAAAGAUGACCUCCACGCUGGCAACACUGACCAUAAAGAUGACCUCCACGCUGGCAACACUGGCAGUAAAGAUGACCUCCACGCUGGCAACACUGGCAGUAAAGAUGACCUCCACGCUGGCAACACUGACCAUAAAGAUGACCACGCUGGCAACACUGACCAUAAAGAUGACCUCCACGCUGGCAACACUGGCAGUAAAGAUGACCUCCACGCUGGAAACACUGGCAGUAAAGAUGACCUCCACGCUGGCAACACUGGCAGUAAAGAUGACCUCCACGCUGGAAACACUGGCAGUAAAGAUGACCUCCACGCUGGCAACACUGACAGUAAAGAUGACCUCCACGCUGGCAACACUGGCAGUAAAGAUGACCUCCACGCUGGCAACACUGGCAGUAAAGAUGACCUCCACGCUGGCAACACUGGCAGUAAAGAUGACCUCCACGCUGGCAACACUGGCAGUAAAGAUGACCUCCACGCUGGCAACACUGGCAGUAAAGAUGACCUCCACGCUGGCAACACUGACAGUAAAGAUGACCUCCACGCUGGCAACACUGGCAGUAAAGAUGACCUCCACGCUGGCAACACUGGCAGUAAAGAUGACCUCCACGCUGGCAACACUGACAGUAAAGAUGACCUCCACGCUGGCAACACUGACAGUAAAGAUGACCUCCUCGCUGGCAACACUGGCAGUAAAGAUGACCUCCACGCUGGCAACACUGACAGUAAAGAUGACCUCCACGCUGGCAACACUGGCAGUAAAGAUGACCUCCACGCUGGCAACACUGGCAGUAAAGAUGACCUCCACGCUGGCAACACUGACAGUAAAGAUGACCUCCACGCUGGCAACACUGACAGUAAAGAUGACCUCCACGCUGGCAACACUGGCAGUAAAGAUGACCUCCACGCUGGCAACACUGGCAGUAAAGAUGACCUCCACGCUGGCAACACUGUGUCUAUCAGUCUCUGCCAGCAGCCUACUACUCCACCUGCAGGCCAGCAGCCUACUACUCCACCUGCAGGCCAGCAGCCUACUACUCCACCUGCAGGCCAGCAGCCUACUACUCCACCUGCAGGCCAGCAGCCUACUACUCCACCUGCAGGCCAGCAGCCUACUACUCCACCUGCAGGCCAGCAGCCUACUACUCCACCUGCUGGCCAGCAGCCUACUACUCCACCUGCAGGCCAGCAGCCUACUACUCCACCUGCAGGCCAGCAGCCUACUACUCCACCUGCAGGCCAGCAGCCUACUACUCCACCUGCAGGCCAGCAGCCUACUACUCCACCUGCAGGCCAGCAGCCUACUACUCCACCUGCAGGCCAGCAGCCUACUACUCCACCUGCAGGCCAGCAGCCUACUACUCCACCUGCUGGCCAGCAGCCUACUACUCCACCUGCAGGCCAGCAGCCUACUACUCCACCUGCAGGCCAGCAGCCUACUACUCCACCUGCUGGCCAGCAGCCUACUACUCCACCUGCAGGCCAGCAGCCUACUACUCCACCUGCUGGCCAGCAGCCUACUACUCCACCUGCUGGCCAGCAGCCUACUACUCCACCUGCAGGCCAGCAGCCUACUACUCCACCUGCAGGCCAGCAGCCUACUACUCCACCUGCAGGCCAGCAGCCUACUACUCCACCUGCAGGCCAGCAGCCUACUACUCCACCUGCUGGCCAGCAGCCUACUACUACUCCACCUGCAGGCCAGCAGCCUACUACUCCACCUGCUGGCCAGCAGCCUACUACUCCACCUGCUGGCCAGCAGCCUACUACUACUCCACCUGCAGGCCAGCAGCUUACUACUCCACCUGCUGGCCAGCAGCCUACUACUACUCCACCUGCAGGCCAGCAGCCUACUACUCCACCUGCUGGCCAGCAGCCUACUACUCCACCUGCUGGCCAGCAGCCUACUACUACUCCACCUGCAGGCCAGCAGCCUACUACUCCACCUGCAGGCCAGCAGCCUACUACUACUCCACCUGCAGGCCAGCAGCCUACUACUCCACCUGCUGGCCAGCAGCCUACUACUCCACCUGCUGGCCAGCAGCCUACUACUCCACCUGCUGGCCAGCAGCCUACUACUACUCCACCUGCAGGCCAGCAGCCUACUACUCCACCUGCUGGCCAGCAGCCUACUACUCCACCUGCAGGCCAGCAGCCUACUACUCCACCUGCUGGCCAGCAGCCUACUCCACCUGCAGGCCGGCGCUCUGUGGCCAGGUAUUGGAACAAGGAGUUAAGUGGGGCUUGUGGAGCGUGCUGA